AGUAUUUUUCGCGCUGGUUGUCUGGAGAGUUUGAGUUUCCCGCAAGCUUCGGAUUCAACCUGAAUGAAAUAUUUGGCGUUAUACAGAAUGAAUACGACUGUUUCUUCCCAUUGAGUACUGACAGGCGAUUCAGCGGUGAAACUGGAGGUGCUUUGAUGGGAUGGAUAGCAAAGGGAGCUCCCUGCCCUCCAUGCCUGAACCAGCAAAUCCAGUCAGCAUGAAGCAGCCGCCAGAGUCCCUUGUACAGAAAGCUCGAGGAGAUGUGAGUGGUGACCCUGCUCUUCUAAUGGACAAAGCUGCUGCCCAGUUUGCUGCCACUCUCCAAGAUGGCAUCCUUCAGAAGAUGUCUGGUCACAGCCAUAACAGCCAGUGCCAUGAGAGGCUCAAAGAUCUCACUUCUCUUGUCCUGAAUGGGGAUCAAGACCAGCUGGCCAAGCUUUGUACUUCAGAACCACCUGUUCUUAAAGGUGCUGAAGCCCCUGCCACAAAUGGAACACCCCAUAGUGACCCUGAACUGAAGGUGACGAUACCCCAGGUGGUCAUGGAACCAACGUUUGAGCCAUGCUGUGCCGAUGAGACCAGUUUAGCCACAGAAGGUACUAUACCUGCAACUAAGAAGGAGCAAGGUGUGAAGAAAAAUAGAGGGAGGCUUCACAAAUCCAAACCUCAAUCAAGUCUUGACCCAUCUUCUUUCGCUAUGGUGUCACUUUCUAACAUAGAUGUUGGAGACGGAGCUUCAGCACCAUAUGAGCCUGGUCUUGUCCCAGAGUUGAAAGAGGCCAGAGAAGAGUCUGCUGUGCUGAUUCGAUUUUCUGUUGGUGAUUUAGUUUGGACCAAGGUGUCAGGAUACCCCUGGUGGCCAUGCAUGGUGACCACAGAUCCUGAACUCAAUAAUUAUAUCAAACAAAAACCACAAGUUACUUGCCAGUCAGGCCUCUUAUACCAUGUGCAGUAUUUUGGAGAUGCCCCAGAGAGAGGCUACAUCUGGGAAAAGAACAUGGUAUCGUUCACUGGGGAGGAUCAGUAUCGGGAUCUUAGCAUAAGAAACAGACGGCUUUCCAGUCAUGUUAACAACAAAAAGAUGUCUGCUCCUGUGUCACGUAAAAUCCAGUUUCAGUGGAACAUGGGCAUCAUUCAGGCCAAGGAGGCAUUCAACAUGUCACUAGAUGAACGGAUGGCAAACUUCACCUUUGUGUAUGAUGAGGAGGGUCCUCAUCUGAACCCCCAUGUCCUGGAGAAGUUGAAACCAGAACAAGGCAAUGAGACAGACCGGGACACAGAGUUACAACUCAGCACAGUGUUCCCCGCUGUGCUGAUCAGUCCUGCAGAUGAACCUGCAGCUAUCUCCCAACUGCAAGAUGAUGGGCCAAAAGGGAAAAAGAAACAAGCACCAAGACCAAAAUUCAAAACAGAAUGGGAGAAAAGAGGCAAAGGACAUCUCGUUAACUUACUGAUUAAAAAGACAUGGAAAGACACUGUUUCUUCAAGCAAAAUGCCUCCACCACAACCAUCAUCACAGCAUCCCAUCAGUCAUUCAGCAGAUACACAGCCUGGAUCAUUUGUACCUCAGAAGAAAAAGACAAAACCAAAACAAGCUCAGUCUACCACCAAGACAGUGAAGCGAAGGAAAAUAAAAUCCAUCCAGGAUAGCUCUGCUGACCCGGUGAAGAAAAGGAAAUCAAAGACUGCUUCAUCAACAAGUAAUGUUUCAGAACCAGCAACACUUUCACUUCCAGGUAAGAGGCAGCCCCAACAAAGGAGACUGCUCAAAGAAGCUACAGCAGAAGAGAGUCAGCAGCCUAAUAAGAGACGUAAAAUGGGUAAAGGCGGUGAAAAGCAGGACUUUGCAUUGGAGGGAACACCCAGAAAGCAGAGCAGAAGAAGAAAACCUGGUAAAGACGUAAAGGAAAUGAAGAAGCAAAUGAAAAAGUCAACAUUUUGCCUUACUGCUCCAGGGAAACCAAUUCGGAAAAGGAAAUGGGAUGGAGUGACUCGGGCCACACCCUCCACAGCAAAGAAGCGGCGGUCCUGUCUGUGUCCUGAUACUGAGGGUUCUGGGAGCGAUGAGCAUCCAGACUCUCCAAGUGACAGCUUGGAUGGGACCAAGAAGGGUGAACGCAAGAAAGAGUGUGUCUGCCAGGUGUGUGAGCAGGCGGGUGAGGACUUGGUGGCUUGUGAAGGUCAAUGCUGCAGGAUGUUUCAUCUGCAUUGUCUGGGUCUGUCAUUGAAGCCUGAGGAGAAGCUUUUGUGUCAGGAGUGCCGCACUGGAGUUCAUUCCUGUUUCACCUGUAAGCAGUCAGAAGGGGAGGUACGUCGCUGUCACGUCCAGCACUGUGGCAGGUUUUACCACGAGGCGUGUGCUCGCCUCAGCCCCCUCACCGUGUUUGACAACAAGGGCUUUCGCUGUCCCCUCCACACGUGCCUGAGCUGCCAUUAUGGCUGCAGCGCCAAACAGAAAUCCAGCAAGGGUCGAUUAAUGCGUUGUGUUCGCUGCCCUGUGGCUUACCACAGUGGCGAUUUGUGUGUGGCCGCAGGCAGUGAACUGAUCACAAACAGCUCCAUCAUCUGCACCAACCACUUCAGUGCUAAGAAGGGCUACAGCCACCACAGUCAUGUCAACGUCAGCUGGUGCUUCGUCUGCUCCAAAGGGGGGCAACUGCUGUGCUGUGAAUCUUGCCCAGCAGCCUUUCAUCCUGACUGUUUGAAUAUCGCUAUGCCUGAUGGGAGCUGGUUCUGCAAUGACUGCCGGGCUGGAAAGAAACCCAAAUACAAAGACAUUAUCUGGGUCAAACUGGGAACGUACAGAUGGUGGCCCGCAGAGAUACAGCACCCCAGAAACGUCCCCACAAACAUCCAGCACCUUCGCCAUGAGAUCGGGGAGUUCCCUGUCUUCUUCUUUGGCUCCAAGGAUUACUUCUGGACACACCAGGGUCGUGUUUUUCCCUAUAUGGAGGGAGACAGGGGCAGCAGGCACCAGAGGAAUGGCAUCGGGAAAGUCUUUAAAAGCGCUCUGCUGGAGGCUGAGGCUCGAUUCAAGGAGAUAAAAAUGAAACGAGAGGCCAAGGAAGCACAAGAGAACAACAGAAAACCUCCCCCAUACAAAUUUAUCAAGGUUAACAGACCUUUUGGGAAGGUUCAGGUUUACACUGCAGACAUUUCAGAGAUCCCCAAAUGUAACUGCAAACCCACAGAUGAGAGGCCGUGUGGUUUUGAGUCUGAGUGUUUGAACCGCAUGCUGCAGUACGAGUGCCACCCUCAGGUGUGUCCCAGUGGGCAGCGCUGCUGUAACCAGGACUUCACAAAGCGCUGCUACCCAGAGACUCAGAUCAUUAAGACCAACGGGAAGGGCUGGGGCCUGAUCUCCCUCCGUGACAUUAAAAAGGGUGAAUUUGUGAAUGAGUACAUCGGGGAGCUGAUAGAUGAGGAGGAAUGCAGAGCGAGGAUCAAAUACGCUCAAGAAAACAACAUCACUGAUUUCUACAUGCUCACAAUUGACAAGGACCGUAUCAUUGAUGCCGGACCAAAAGGAAACUACUCUCGUUUCAUGAACCACAGCUGCCAGCCCAACUGUGAGACCCAGAAGUGGACGGUGAACGGUGACACGCGGGUCGGCCUCUUUGCCGUCUGUGACAUCCCGGCAGGAACUGAGCUGACUUUCAACUACAACCUGGACUGCCUCGGCAAUGAGAAGACGGUCUGUCGCUGCGGCGCCCCAAACUGCUCCGGGUUCCUUGGUGAUCGACCAAAGAACUCAAAUGGCCAGACAGCCGAGCUGAAAGCAAAGAGGAUGAAGAAGAAGUGUAAAAGGAGACGAAGCGAGGGAAAGAAGAAGUCUGAAGAUGAGUGUUUCCGCUGUGGAGACGGCGGUCAGCUGGUUCUCUGUGACAAGAAGACGUGCACCAAAGCUUACCACCUGUCCUGCCUGAACCUCACCAAGAGACCGUUUGGCCGCUGGGACUGCCCCUGGCACCACUGUGACAUUUGCGGAAAAAAUUCUGAUGCCUUCUGCCAGCUCUGCCCCAACUCCUUCUGCAAGGCUCACCAGGAGGGGGCGCUGCAUCCCUGGCCUCCGACUGGACAGCUAUGCUGCCUGGAACACGAGGAUCUGGAGGACACAAACCAUCAGGAGCAGACUGUCACCACGGAGACAAUGAUAAACUCCACUACUGCCGCCGCUGUCAGCUGUCCCCUGAAAGCAUCGAGGAAGUCUGAACACGCUGAGGCUAAAAACAAGGGCCCCAAGAGGAAAGCAGCCGAGGCCUGACGCGCCUUUUAGCACCCCCUCUCCUGCUUGUCCCAGCAUGCCAAAAGACCCAAGUGGACACAGUCCAACUUCCUCACUCAUGACCAGAUAGAAGCCACAAGUGCUGAUGUUGUCACCUAACACAUGGCGCCGUAACGCCUCAUCAGGGAAAGCCGCUGAUUGCUCGCACACACUGCCGCGCUCAGACUUUUCAUUUCAUUCAUGUCUGGAUUCUAGUUUGGUUUUCAGAGUGAGUGCAGGUCAACUGACACUCGUUCACCAACCAGUCUUUUUUUGGGGGGGGGGCAGCCUAAAAAGAACACAGUAAGAUUCUGCUGAAAACAGCUCACCUCCCCCCAUCUAAUCUUUAUAAGUUUGGCUCCUUCACCCAUCUCACUGAGGUUGUUGAACAGAAUUUAGUCAAAAAUCAAAAUGAGUACUGGAACGAUGUCACAAAUCAAGCAGGUUGCCAAAUGGACUGUUUUCUAUAAAUAGAUUAUAAAUGAGUUAUUGAACACAGAGACACUAUGGAUAGCAGCCAGAUCACCUCUGUACUUGUUUUGUAGCCAUAGGUUACAUAUAGACACAUUUAUCUUACCGCCGGUUAUUUUGUUAGCUCACUGUUUACUUUGUAGAUUUGAGUGAUUCUUUGUGUUUUAUAUAUCAGGAUGCUGAUCCAUGGUGCCACAAACUGUUUAACUACCUGACUAGAGAACGGCAGAGAAACCAGAGCGCAACAUGUUCCUGUGCGCUCUUCUACAGCCAUCUGGCAUGAAACACUAAGGUCUCUGGCGCCCUCUGCUGAUGAUGAACCAGGUUGAUGAAGGAAUGAGCUGUUCUCUUUUUAACCUUUUUCUUUUUUCUUUCCCCCCCUAAAAGAACUAAAAUAAAGUCAGAUGUGAUCUUUGGAAUCUGACUGGUAUUUAUGAUCAAACAAAUCCAUUUCUUUCUUCUAAUUUUUUUUUCUCUUAAGCCUUUGGUUAUUGUGCUCAAACUGCAGUCUGAAUGUUCUGGGCUCUAACAGGUCCAUGGCACAUGUAAAUGGUUUUGAUUGACUGCACACUUUGACUUAGCGUAAAGAAUGAGGACAGUUGUGGACAAAACUCUGGUGUAUUGUGGCCGUUUUGGAGACAUUUAUAUUCUUGCUCGGGGUUGAGCUUCACAUGUCAUCUCAGGUGACACGUGAAGCUCAACUGUUAGCCACGUGCAAACACGUGACGUUUGCACUUUGCCUCAGUGCAUUUAGUCUGCAGCUUUAUAGCGGUACCUGUUAGCGUGAACGCUGUGACCAGUCAGAUGCAGCAGCUUGUCCUUAUCCCAAAAAAAGGACUUCAUACCACAAAUUUGACAAGAGAGGCUCAAAAGGGUUUCAGCCUCAUCUGCUCCUUGAUAUUUGAAAACUGCUGUAUUUAACAGCUGCUGUUGUGCAUGACAAUGUGCACGUUUGGAGUUGAUGGUAGAAAUCCUCUGGGCAGUCUGGGGAUUUAUGGGAACUGAAGCUGACAGGUGCCUCUUAUCGCUGUGCUUUUAAAUUUCAUGUUUGUCUCUGAUGUAAGUUUGGGGGGGAGGCAGGCAGACCUCAAAAUGAGCCCACUAUGUCUUUUAUUUUGUAAAAGUAUUUCCAAAAGCAGAAUUGAGAAUAGACAUUUUUAUAACUUCACUGUCUGGUUUAACUUUCCCAGAUGCCACCAGGACAUUGUGGCACUGCAGCGAGUUUCGUAGGUGUCUUUUUGACUUUUUGAGUAAAACGUUUCCCAUGAAGCUUGACUGGUGCAUGUGUGGAUGUAGCGCAGCCAAACACUGUAGAGCUGAAGCCUAACGUGCAUUUAGCGGGUCCAUCCUGUAACUACUGUCAUAUUAACCCAGAGACUGUACAUAAUGUAUAAGUGGUAAUAGUGAUGCAUCUAUUGUAAAUACGAGUUCUUAACAUCUUUAUUUUUCUCCCAAAAUGCAGUGUUAACUUUUGUGCAGGAUUUCUGUUGAAUCAUGCAAUAAAAGUGAUCAAACAUG